GCCCUUGGCCUAGGAGCUGCUAGGCUUCUGCAGCUCGCGCCUCGAGCUCUAAUGCUCGUGGGCUAGCUCUCCAGGUAGGAGGCACUUUUCUGCGCCCCCUGUCCCUACUCAGUUCGUGGACCAGCCCGGCGCGGCGCCCCUCCUCCCCAGCCUUCCCUUGGAUUCUGUCCUGGUUCUGAAGGGAGUCUUUCCCCCUCCCUGAGCCCCAACCUCUACCCACGAAUCUGCUUCUCUCCGCCCCGGGCGCAGUCUCGGACCCCCGGCCUCGGUCAGAAGGCGGGCGGAGCCCCGGGACCCAGGGUGCCGCAGCCGCAGCCCGAGGCCGGAGAGGCGAAGCGAGGCGAGGCGGAGCCCAAGGAGGCGAGGCCGGAGGAGGGGACCGGUCUGAACCACAAUUCAAGGACUGUGGAGAUGUGUGCUUCUUAUGUUAUCCUCUUUCUGUAUGGCCUGGACAAAAGAGAUGCCAAUAGAAGCUGUGCUUAAGGCUCUUUGGUAUAAUCCUGAUCAGCUUCUUCCAAAGAAGUUGAAACGUUGAAUCAUCUAUAGGAGAAUGCUUACAACUGCUCAGUGGAUUCACUUAGAGGUGCAUUAGGGUAAGAAUGGGAGACUCCAGGGAAUUUUGCCCUCACCUUGAUUCUAUAGGUGAGGUCACCAAAGAGGACUUACUACUGAAAUCCAAGGGAACUUGCCAGUCCUGUGGAGCAGGAGGACCGAACCUCUGGGCCUGUCUCCAGGUUGCUUGCCCUUAUGUUGGAUGUGGAGAAUCUUUUGCUGACCAUAGCACUAUUCAUGCACAGGCCAAAAAGCACAAUCUGACUGUGAAUCUCACCACUUUCCGUGUAUGGUGUUACGCUUGUGAAAAGGAAGUCUUCUUGGAUCAGAGGUUGGCAGCACCCACACCAGCUCCACCAUCCAAGUUCUCAGAGCAGGAAACUCCUUUGCCUUCUCACUCUUUGAAGGCUGUCCCUAUUGCAGUAGCCGAUGAAGGGGAAUCUGAGUCUGAGGAUGAUGACUUGAAACCUCGAGGCCUGACUGGUUUGAAAAACCUUGGGAAUUCUUGCUACAUGAAUGCAGCCCUCCAGGCACUCUCCAACUGUCCCCCUUUGACCCAGUUCUUCUUGGAGUGUGGAGGACUGGUGAGAACUGACAAGAAACCAGCCCUAUGUAAAAGUUACCAGAAGCUUGUCUCAGAGGUCUGGCACAAGAAGCGGCCCAGCUAUGUGGUGCCUACCAGUCUCUCCCAUGGAAUCAAGUUGGUCAAUCCCAUGUUUCGAGGUUAUGCACAGCAGGACACCCAAGAGUUCCUCCGCUGUUUGAUGGACCAACUACACGAAGAGCUCAAGGAGCCAGUGGUGGCUGCUGGGAGGGACUCAGACUCCAGCGAUUCAGAAGAGAAGCGCGAGGGCGACCGGAGCCCUUCAGAGGAUGAAUUCCUCUCCUGUGACUCCAGCAGUGAUCGGGGUGAGGGGGAUGGGCAAGGCAGGGGGGUGGGCAUGGGCAGCACCCUGGCAGAGACUGAGUUGCUGAUCCAGGAUGAAGCGGGCAGGGGGAUUUCAGAGAAAGAGAGGAUGAAGGACAGAAAAUUCUCCUGGGGCCACCAGCGAACUAGCUCUGAGCAAGUUGAUGAGGACGCAGAUGUUGAUACCACCAUGACCGCCAUCGAUGAUCGCCCCACGGAAGCCCUUUCCUCUCCACGUUCCACCAGCCCAUGUAGGACACCAGAGCCAGAUAAUGAUGCCUAUAUGCGCUGCUCCUCACGCCCUUGCAGCCCUGUCCACCAUGAAGCGCACGCCAAGCUGUCAAGCAGCCCUCCUCGCUCCAGCCCUGUGAGAGUGGGACCUUCCUAUGUGCUCAAGAAAGCUCAGGUGUUGGCUGCUGGGAAAAAGAAGAAAGAGCUUCGCUACCGGAGUGUCAUCUCAGACAUCUUCGACGGCUCCAUACUCAGCUUGGUGCAGUGCCUCACCUGUGACAGAGUAUCCACCACCGUGGAGACAUUUCAAGACCUGUCGCUGCCCAUCCCAGGGAAGGAGGACCUAGCCAAGCUGCACUCAGCCAUCUACCAGAAUGUGCCAGCCAAGCCAGGGACAUGUGGGGAUAGUUACACAUCCCAGGGCUGGAUUGCCUUUAUCAUGGAGUAUAUCCGAAGGUUUGUGGUAUCUUGCAUCCCCAGCUGGUUUUGGGGUCCUGUUGUCACUUUGGAAGACUGUCUUGCUGCUUUUUUUGCUGCUGAUGAGUUGAAGGGGGACAAUAUGUAUAGCUGUGAACGAUGUAAAAAAUUACGAAAUGGAGUGAAAUAUUGUAAAGUUCUUCGGUUGCCUGAGAUUCUAUGCAUUCAUUUAAAACGUUUUCGGCAUGAAGUGAUGUAUUCGUUCAAAAUCAGUAGCCACGUCUCCUUCUCCUUGGAAGGUCUUGAUCUACAACCCUUCCUUGCCAAGGAAUGUGUCUCCCAGAUCACCACCUAUGACCUUUUAUCUGUCAUCUGCCAUCAUGGCACAGCAGGCAGUGGGCACUACAUCGCCUACUGUCAGAAUGUCAUAAAUGGCCAGUGGUAUGAGUUUGAUGAUCAAUAUGUCACAGAAGUCCAUGAAACAGUGGUCCAAAAUGCAGAGGCUUAUGUCCUAUUUUAUAGGAAGAGCAGUGAGGAGGCAGUGCGAGAACGUCAGCAUGUAGUAUCCCUGGCCACCAUGAAGGAGCCCAGCUUGCUUCAGUUCUACAUUUCCCGCGAGUGGCUCAAUAAGUUCAACACAUUUGCUGAACCAGGACCCAUUACAAACCAUACAUUCCUCUGUUCCCAUGGAGGAAUUCCACCCAAUAAAUACCAUUACAUUGAUGAUCUUGUUGUGAUCCUGCCCCAGAAUGUAUGGGAAUAUCUCUACAACAGGUUUGGUGGUGGCCCUGCUGUGAAUCAUCUCUAUGUGUGCUCAGUCUGCCAGGUAGAGAUAGAAGCCCUGGCCAAACGAAGGCGGAUUGAAAUCGACACCUUCAUUAAGCUGAACAAAGCAUUUCAAGCAGAAGAAUCCCCCAGUGUCAUCUAUUGCAUCAGUAUGCAGUGGUUCCGGGAAUGGGAGGCCUUUGUUAAGGGGAAAGACAAUGAUCCUCCAGGACCCAUUGACAACAGCAAGAUAGCACUGAUUAAAGGUGGUGGUCACAUCCAGGUGAAGCAGGGAGCUGACUACGGACAGAUUUCAGAGGAGACCUGGACUUAUCUGAAUACCCUUUAUGGAGGUGGUCCUGAGAUUGCAAUCCGACAGAGCAUUGCCCAGUUGCAGGAACCAGAGAACCUGCAUGGGGAACAGAAGAUUGAGGCAGAGACCCGGGCUGUGUGACCUCCAUGGGCCAAGUUGUUCUGAAACAAGAUUGUCUCUUGCCAGUGGACGGGCGCCUUUGCACCUGAGAAGAGGCCACGUGCUUGGGAAAUGCAGUUGUGUGAAGAGGCAGAAGCUCUGUGCUUCAGUGACCAGUGCUGCAACUAGGAAAUACAUUACCUUGCAGGCUUGAUAAGGCUAUCAAGACUUUGUAACAUUCUUUUUGGUUUUUGUUCUGGUGGGACACAAGUUAAUCAUAGUUAAUGUUCCUGAAGCUUUCUCUUAGCCUAGCUCUUCCAACACCACUGGCUCUUUGGGCUUGGUUUCUGUGAGUGGGUCUGGGUUCCAUAGCUCUAGCCUUUCGGUCUGCCUAUCUGCCAUGUUCUCAGGGGAUGAAGGUAGGGGAAUUGCUUAUUCAAAAGAAUUUCCAGACCAAUGUAUUUGGUCCACUGUCUUUGUAAACCACAAAGAGUAACUAGAAACUAAACCUACAUCGCAGCUAUAUUAAUAGCUUCACCCUCUUACUUUCUCCAUACCCCUCAGUACCGUUAGCAGAAUCUCAGUUCAGAUGAAUUAAAAACAUUUCAUUAUUCAGAACCAGAUGCCCUCCCAGCUUGUAUAAGAGAAAUGCCAAAUUAUAUUUCAAUAUUUUCCCAUUCAACAGACAUAGAUUUGACUUGAGUUGCUACUCUGUCCACUUGUAGUGGAAUUGGGGCAUCCAAAAUAUUCUUCAGAUACAAGCUAUGGUAAGGUCCUUAUUUGGUCUUAACAUACAUGCACUAAUAGUUGCACUACUACAAAAGAUGAAAGAGGGCCUCUGGUCCGAGGCGGGCCCAGGAAGCAGCCAGCCAGCUCUCCUGACCGCACUUCAGUAGGGAUUCUUCUCUAUUGCAGAGUAACUUGGUGGGGGGAGGGUUAGUGAGGUUUGGUGUCAGGGGAAAAAAAGUCUUUCCACUUGACUCAUUUGCUCCUUGAUGCAGGUUACCUUAAAUGGCAGGGUGACGGAACAUAACCCUCCUUUUCUCCUUUUUGCUCUUAAAUACUUGUUAGCUGUGUAGUACGUUGGCAGGGAAAUGGGGCCAGGACUGCCGGCCCUGGUCUGGUUCUGAAAUUUAUCUGUGAACUCAUGUAUGCUAUUCUUCCUCCUUUCCCCUCAAAAAAACUAAAUGCAUUGUGGUCUGCCACAGAGAGUAUAUGUGUGAACAAAGGUCACUUUGCAGCUAACACCAAGCUCUCUGCAGGAACGUUCAGGUGAUUCACCCAGCAGAGAUGAAGGCUCCAUGGGCUGGAGGUUGGGGGAAGGGUAGGUUUGGAACCUAAGGAGCAGGGUUGGCAGCUUUUAGAAGGAACCUUAGCCAAAAUCCUAGCAGCUGUGCUGCUCAGAAUACCGCAAACCCUUUGCACAACCUGUUGUGGGGUUUUGUUACAUUGUUUCCCUGGAUUGUUUUUCUUGUCCCAUCAAGGCAGCACCAGGCUCGGGGAUCAGAAAAUGAGCCAUGUUGGACCUUGUCGGAGCCCCAAGCUUCCAAAUCUCCUGCAGAGCCUCUAGGUCCUCCGGUCCUCAUGCUGUUUGUGUUGUAUAAAUUCUGCUGCAAAGAUUGUAAUAACAUUUCUGUGUUCAAGUUUGUGCUCAGUGUCCUAAUAAAUACAUGUGCAUUCAUCUCA